AUGGCAAACCCCUCUGGUGAAGGUAGGGUAUGCAAGGUGGCACUUAUUACUGGAAUCACUGGACAGGAUGGCUCUUAUCUUGCCGAACUGCUUCUGUCCAAAGGCUACCACGUUCAUGGCAUUAUAAGGCGUUCUAGCUCAUUUAACACGCAACGUGUUGAUCACUUAUAUCAGGAUCCUGUUGUCUAUCGUGGUAGACAAACAUUUUUUUUGCAUUAUGGUGACAUGACUGACAGUUCCAAUCUAUCUCACUUAAUGUCAAGAAUAAGACCUGAUGAAGUUUACAAUCUUGCUGCUCAGUCACACGUUCAAGUUUCUUUCGAACUGAGCGAAUAUACCGGUGAUGUUGUUGGGAUUGGUACAACGCGACUUCUUGAAGCAAUUCGUUCUGCGGGUCUUGAGAAAACUGUCCGUUUUUAUCAAGCCUCUACUAGUGAGCUCUUUGGUAAAGUUGCUGAAAUACCCCAAAAAGAAACUACUCCUUUUUAUCCACGUUCUCCAUACAGUGCCGCUAAGCUCUAUGCCUAUUGGAUUGUUGUAAAUUAUCGGGAAAGCUAUAACAUGUUCGCCUGUAAUGGUAUUCUCUUUAAUCACGAGAGCCCACGCAGAGGAGAGACUUUUGUCACCCGCAAAAUCACCCGUGCAGUCGCUCGAAUUAAACACGGCAAGCAGGAAGUUGUCGAACUUGGUAAUCUAAAUGCCGAACGUGAUUGGGGCUAUGCUGGAGAUUAUGUUUAUGCAAUGUGGCUUAUGCUACAGCAAGACGAGCCUGUUGACCUAAUAAUUGCCUCUGGUGAGAAGCACAGCGUAAGAGAAUUCGCGACUAAAGCCUUUGCACGGGCUGAAAUCGAAAUAGUGUAUGUGUGGGAAGGCGAAGGCUUAAAUGAGGUUGGAAAGGAUAAAGCCACGGGAAUCGUUCGUGUUCGUGUUAAUCCGAACUACUUCCGUCCUGCAGAAGUCGAGCUCUUAGUGGGUGAUUGCUCUAAAGCUGAGAAACUCUUGAAAUGGGAAAAGAAGACUGAUUUCGACGCGUUGGUAAACAUGAUGGUGGAUCACGAUAUGGCUCAAGUCGAGAGGUCGCUGUGA